CAGACACUCUAUACUGCUGCGAGUCAGACCUUCUCACCGGCACUUAAGAAUUUCCCGGCUGGAUUUAACUUCAUGUACAUAUUUGGAGCCACAAACAGGUGGCUCGUUCAACUUCCUGCACAGUGGCAACCGACUGCACGGCAGCUUCGAAUCUGAAGGGUCUUCAGCCAAUUAGGAUUGUAUCUUAACUAUUUUUACUAGUUAUUUGUAGGUAGAGAUGAUCCUGAACACAGUUCUGGUGUUCCUGACGGACCUGGUCGCCCACUUGCUGGGAAACAAUUUGUUCCGUCGACACUUCCAUCUUGUGUUGUCUGCCACGGUGAUGUUUGGCCCAGUGCUGAGUUUCUGGGUGUCCCAGCACAGCAUCUUUGCCAAGAGAAGCCACUUCCUUUACAGGAUGUUUUUGCGAUCUGGUUGGGGAUGGACGUGCAUCUUCGUCGGCUCUUUUGUCUUCCUUCUGUCCUUCUCCUCCCGUCGUUCCCUCUCACUGUCACUCCGUCAUCUGUCUCGACUUGGAGCGGCCGGUGGACUGUGGUUCGUCUUCUGCAAACUUCUCGGCGUUCUCGGAAAUGCUACAGGUAGCUGCUAUGAGACUCUACCGGGCAACCCGGAGAACGACAGUCAGUCUCUCUUGGUGUUGCGAGAAGGUGAAAGCAAGACAGAAUGCCUCAAAGCUGGAAUGCUAUGGAGAGGAUAUGAAGUUUCAGAGGAUGUUUUCCUCCUGUGUCUCUGUUGCCUGCUGCUUGCUGAAGAAACAGCAGUGUUUGGACCUUACCUGAACCGAGGUGGAUUUUCUGAUGCCCCACUUAGGAUCCUCUUCCUGUUCUGUGUUCUCCUGCUCAGCCUUUGGCUCUUCCUGCUCCUCUGUCUCCUCGCCUACUUCCCCCAGUUCCCCACUCAGCUAUUAGGAGGGGCCCUCGGUUGUUUGAGUUGGAGGGGAUUGUAUCAAGGGUGGUACCGUCAGGUUCCCUGCUGGUAUUGCCCUGGGAGACCUGGACUUGGACUUCUGAAAAACCAAGACUGAAGUGGAACAAUCUGAGUAAUUGCACAAGUGUAAACCUGGGUGAUAGGAUUCCAUCCUAAGGUCAUCAUUUCUAGGAGGUCUAUUGACACGUCACUUGGUUGGUGAUGAUUACACAGAUAGGCAAAUACCCAGUUCCUCUGUACAUCAAUUAUUGUUUGAGCUCUCGUCCCACGUACUCAAAAUCGGCAUCCACUAGUAACGGAGAGAGGGGCCAUUUUGUCACAGGGACAGAAUGCCCACUUCCAUAAUUAGGGUGUUGUGCAAUGUCAAAACGAGAUGCAAAAUUUAACAGCACUUUAAAUGUCCCCCUUCCUUUUAUAUCAUGUAGUGCAGGUGUAAGAGUGUCAAGUGUGAAUUAAUAUAAAACCUAAGCAAAGUAUGUCAAGGAAAAGGGGUUGUUGAAUGUGUAAAAUGUUUGAAAUAAAUCCCGAUUUGUCCACUUUG